AUGUCAACUGGGGAAACGGAGAAAACCACAGGCUCCGCUAGUGGGGAUGACGAGGACUGGCUUUAUGGAGACAAUGACGAUGUGGACGAAGCUGCUGGUGAUGAUGACGAUAAAAGGACAGAAACUGAAAUUUUCAGUGCUUUGGUUGGAGGAGAUGUGGAAGGAGGCAAUGGCGUGGAUAAUCAGGAUGCAGAUAGCGACUCGGAAAGCGACGACAACUUGUGCAUUACUAUCGGCAACAUCAAAACCGGCAGGAUCCAGAGCACUAGCACUCCCGUCGAUCUCAAGACCUCGGACAAAACCACUGUGUCAGGGAAGAAGGUCAGAGGACUGGCUCUGGUUGCAGUGGACAGCAUCGUUGGCACUCCAGCACUGGAGGUGGAUGAGGAACUGGAGGAGAAACCUUGGAGAAAACCAGGAGCGGACCUGUCCGACUAUUUUAACUACGGCUUCAACGAGGACACCUGGAAGACCUACUGUGACAAACAGAGGAAACUGCGCAUGAGCCUACAGUUCAUGACCUUAGGCUCGUCUGACAAAAACAUGGGUAGUCACGAUGAGCUCGUCUCAGAUUGCUCCACCAGGAGGUUGACAAGCUCCAUUGAUGUAAUUGGAGGUCAAACAGAGACCAUUGUUCGUGUGGAAGGGCGAAGACUGAACAGCACAGAUGGAAGCAACACGCAGGUGCAGUCCUCCUCUGAACAGCCUGUGGAUGCUGAGCCACCGUCCUCUAAGCUGCCUGCUUUCUUUGCCCCCAUCGUUCCUCCUCCACCUUUUCCUCUUCUCUCCAUCAGCACCGCUCCUCCUUUUAUACAACGCCCACCACGACCGUCUAUGAUACCGUCUAUGAGUGUCCCACCACCUGGUUUUCCAUUCCCUCCUGAAGUUCUUCCUCCUCCUCCUUUAACAUCAAGCAGUGGCCUUUCAGGAGGAAGCUACGAUGGCCGUUGUGCCCCGUCAUACCCCUUUGCUGCAGGUGUGUAUCCACAUACUCUAGGGCACAUAACCCCCUGGCUGGGCUUGAGUGACCGUGCCAAAGCGUGGAAGCAUUACAGCUGCCAGGACGGCGAGAGAGAACGGGAGAAGGACAGAGCGUGGACCCGGGACCGAGAGCGAGACCGGGAGCCAAAGAAGGGGCAGGAGAGAGAGCGGGAUCAGGAGAACACGCCCUCUGUACAGAGCCGCAGCAGUGACAAAGGGCAUACAUCACGUCACAGGGAACAUGGUGAUCGGGGGAGAGAGAGACACCGGGAACAUGAUAGAGAGAGAGAAGACCGGCAUCGUGACAGGAGGCGCAGAGACCGUACUGAACGGCACAAAUCCUCACGCAGCAGUAGCAGUCGGAGAAGACAUUCCAGCGAUGAUGGAGAGAGCCACAGGAGGCACAGUUAUAAGCGCUCCAAACGUAACAAGGACAGCACAGACACAGAGUCCACCAACUGACCAUCUGCCCAAACGGGAGAGAUCGUACGUCUUAUCAAGUCGUCUUGAAUUAUUCACUCUUGAAGCCAGUAGGCGAUCAGUGGCUACAGAGUGACAACACUGUACGUUCGUUUGAGCCAGUUGAAGGCCGAGCUCGUACGGAGCCGAUUUCUUUUCAUUUUAAGAUGUUCUAAGAGAACUAGUUGACACAACUAAUUUAUUAUCCAGUUUAUGGCAAGACCAAA